AUGAACGAAUUAAUUUAUUUAUGUGAAGAUAUGGACAUUGAUGUUUACUAUCAAGACACUGAUAGUAUUCAUAUAAAGAAGAAGGAUCUACCACGAUUUGAAGAGCUUUAUGUAUCAAAGUAUGAUAGAGACCUAGUUGGGUCUGAACUAGGUCAAUUUCACUCAGACUUCCCUCUUGUGAAAGGGAAACCGUCUUGGUCAAUAAAAUCAAUCUUCCUUGGGAAGAAAUCAUAUCUUGAUGUUCUCAUUAAUGAGGAUGGCGACCAGGAUUAUUUAAUCCGUAUGAAAGGAAUCACUAAGAGUGCUAUCAUUGGAACAGCCAAUGAGAAGUUUAAUGGGGAUAUGGUCGCCUUAUAUGAAUAUCUUUAUGCGGGUAAUCCGCUUAUAAUUGACCUAUCCAAGUACGGUGCUCACUUUUCUAUUGAGCGAGAUUUUAAAAUAUCAUCACUGAGUGAAUUUAAAAGAACAAUUAAAUUUUAA